CCUAUUCACCUUUACAGUCUCACUGAUGAACAUCCGGGACUUGAACUGGACGAGUUGGUUCACGAGGUGGAUGAAUGGGAGGUUGCACGUAACCGUAUAAAACUAGAAAAUGUGAUUGGUUCUGGGGCAUUUGGGGCAGUCUGGAAAGCAACUUUGAAACAAUCAGACAAAAAGCAUGGAGCACAGACUGUGGCAGCAAAACACUUCACACGUGAGUCAGUUCAACAUGUUACACUAGACACCUUUAUCUUUGAUUGUGAGCACGAGUGUGCCUUAGAUAAUCGCUAUUGUGGCUGGCCCUAGUGUCAUGUGGCGUGUUUAAGAACCAAAGCUGACUGAACUUGCUCUCAUCACUUCUGUUGUAGCGACUGCUGGAGGAGAAGGAAGAAAAGCUCUUAUGAAGGAGAUUGAGCUAGGAAAGAGUCUAGCAGAAAACCCACAUAUUAACGUUGUCAGAUUCAUCGGCUGCGUUACGACACAAAGUAAAACUCCUCAUUCAUUAUCCUUUUCAACACGAUAUUUAGUCUUCUUUUUCUUCUUCCUUUUCAUUUAACAUACUGUAGCGACAAUGGAAUAUUCACUGAUUUGGAUUGUCUCUUUACAGUUCAGCCAAUAAUGAUCAUGGAGUACAUGGCAUAUGGAGACCUGCUGGGUUAUUUGAGAAAGAGCCGAGGAAUUCACGACCAAUAUCAUCAUGGAGAGGGUGAGGCUUUUGAGCUGCAGCCAUAUGACCUGGUCUUAUUUGCAAAGCACAUUGCCACUGGAAUGGUGUAUCUUGGAAGCAGAGGGGUAUGUGAACAAUUAUGAAAUGUAGAAUUUGCUGUUACUCGCUCGUUGCUUCAUAAUUACUCCGCUGCAGAUUUAGUUGUCCGUACCAACUUGAGACAAAUUCCAUUUAAGAAAUCGUCAGGAGCGGCUUUUGUUGAGCGGUUUCAGUCCUUUACUGUACCUGGGCAAGAAGGAAUGUAUUAGAUAUUACAAUCAGGUCAGGACUUAGGGGCACUUGCAAGAAAUCAGUAACGUUAUAAUAUAACGCUGUACUAUUUCCUCUUCAAAAAAAUUGAAUUACACAGUCAUAUACUCAGUUUUCUGGAUGCGGUAAGCGAGCGAUUGGCCCAGCGAUUUGCUUGUUCCAUCGCUAUAGUAUAGUUGGUUCGAAAAGCACCGCUUCCAUAAUGUGGGAUCGUAAAGUGAUCGAUAUCCGAUGUAAGUGUCAUUAUAUACAACAAAGAGCAGUGUUUUUGACGCAAAAUCAUAAUUUCCGUGCGCAACCUACAGUUUAGUCAGAUAUUUGCUAGUAGAUAACAAACUAAUCUGUAGGUCGUGCUGAUUUGCAAAAUUAACUGUAGGCUCUUAGAUAGUUGUUGGCAUCCGUCUGUCUCGGGAGACAAUGGAAUCAGCUCCAAAGUUUAGUCAGUGGUUGAGUUGCAGCGCCUGCUGUGGCCGUGCAGUCCGAUUCUGGGUUAGCAGGUGUUGUUGCAGUUGUUGCAGAUCAACUCGAACUUGGCUCUGCGGGUGCUCUGUACUCCCAUCUCACUGCUCUUUUCUCCUCUCCUCACACGCCUGCCUUUUCAGCAAGCCUCCAGUGAUUUCGGUCUGCAGCUAUAGCUUCCCAAUAUGAGAGUUGAUAUUGCCUGCCUUCAGAGUUCGGUUACAAACAACUACAGGUCUAGUUCCAGUAGUGAGCUUGCUGUACAAUGGAAUUUGUCCGUCCUUCAUGCCGCUUACAUGGCCAAGCCAGCCUAGUCGUCUCUGAUUGAGCAAGGCGAACAUGCUAGGUAAUCCCGCCUGUGCUACGACAUCCUUGUUUGGGACCCAGUCUUGCCAGGUGAUGCCUAAAAUCCUUCUGAGGCAGCGCAGGUGAAAAGUAUUGAGUCUGCGCUCUUGGCAGGAGUAGAGGGUCCAGGUCUUGCUACUAUAGAGCAGCGUGCUCAGCACGCAGGCCUGGUUUAGUUUCAUCUUGUUGCUGAUGGUCAACACGGUGUUGCCUUAGAUGUGCCAGUACUGCUGCCGCUUGGCCAAUUCGUUUGUUCAGUUCAGCGUCUAACGAGAGGUUGCUGGAGAUGAUGAAACCUAGGUAACUGAAGUCCUCCACCGUCUUGAGAGUGUAUAGUCGCCGAUGAACUUGCUUGGGGUGCUGCUGACUUCUUGGCCAAGGAUGUUGGCCUUCUUGAGGAGGAUGGUGAUACCAAACUCGCUACAAGCGUGCAAGGAAGCUGAUGAGGUCGCUGUGUGCGGUUAAGACAGCAUCUCUCUUAUCAGUACUUUCCGAACUUAAGUGAUUGCUCGGAGACGUGCAAGGUUUCCAUCGCUUCUGGUGUGAAGGUACACACCAUUCAUUUUUUCUGGGUGAAGGCGUAAGAUAGGAGUAGGAAGAAAAACAUGCCGCAGAGUGUGGAAGCGAGUACACAGCCCUGUUUCACUCAGCUCUUGAUUGGAAAGGGGUCUGAGGUUGAGCGGACGAAAGACGUGAUCAUCCUUAGGAGCUUGGGGGGGCAUCCCAUCGUCUGCAGGAGAGUGAAUAGACCCUUCCUGAUGACUAGGUUGAAGGCCUUGGUCAAGUCGAUAAAGGCAAUAUAUCCAUAUGCGAUUACAUGUCGUAAGCGACCGCCUAUCCAAAGCAGGGUCAACGCCUUUCAGUUCGAACCUCUCAUAAACGAACACUUCUUGUAAGUGACAACUUGACGCAUGGUCUGAUGUGUAUGUUCGCUGUACGUUCCUUGAUACGUAGAGCAUAAGAAGAUCUAUUAGAAACAAAUAGAAAUACAUAUUUUGUGAAAUAGAAAUUGCUUGCAAUGAAUUAUUUUUAGACGUGUCCGGAACUCAUCUUGGAAGAGACCCCCUGUGGUUCGAUUCUUGUAAACGACCACUUCCCAUAAGCGACCAAUAAGUCCUUGCCUUUUGGGUGGUCACUUUCUAGAGAUUAAAAUAUAAUACAAAAGUAUUGGUCCCUCUGUAAAGGGACUGUACAAGGUUAAAAUUUUGUCGUAGAGACUGUCGGUUUUCAGAUUACGAGAUAUAUUCCCAAACAAACGUCUUCCAUACUCGCAUCUUUAGAGACUAAGAAUUAUUGAAAACUAGUGAUCAAAUUUGUUUCCGUUAAUUAGGACCAUUUAACGUCUUUAUUUUUAGAUAAUUCACCGUGAUUUGGCGGCAAGGAACGUCCUUCUUGAUCAAAACUUUGUUUGCAAGGUUACCGAUUUCGGGUUAUCCUAUCAAAGCUUCAAGUAUGGCCACGGCAAUGCAAAAAAGGUACGCGAAUUUAACCUAUCAAACUCUAACGCUCUGUUAAACGCUAAAUUAAUAUUCUGAUGGAUUUAUUGACAAGUGACGGAAACAGAAGCGCUCGCUAUAAUAUAAUCCGAACUCAGUUAAAGGGACAGUUUUGUAGUUUUGUAUUUUAGUGGACUAAAACACGCACCAGUAAUGUUGAAGAAAAGAUUAAGAGUCUCUUUCCAGUCCAACAGUUAGUAGUCUCAAUGGAAAGGAAUCGCCACUUUAACUAAGCAAGAAUUCGCUACUCCAUGUAACUUUUUCAUGACUGUAUCAGGUUCUAUAAACCGAUACAAUGAAAUCGAUACAAACUUGAAACGCUUUAAGUUCCUUUCGUGUUUCCCCUAUGAAACUGGCACAGACUUAUCCUGUGUCAUUAUUUCUUUAAUAAUUCUCUUGAGUUCAACACAGUUAUAUUCUGUACUUUUCUUUUCCAACUUACGUCUUGGUAGAAAAGAAACCAAAAAAAAAAUGGCUACCCAGCACGCUAUUUUUGUUGCCAAUUUUUCCGAUGAUUUUCCACUGUAGUUGACAGAUACGUUAUUGACGAUCUUUAAUGUUAGAGAAAAGGAAAUCCUUUUUGAUCAUCCUUUAACACUAUAUUUACACUGUUUUCCUUAUUAUUGUUGAUCCUUGGUGUGUUAACAUAAAUUAAUUUUGAUAAUUUGCCAUAAAUAACAAAAAGAAAAAACAUAUAUUAUUAACAUCUACGUGGUAGAAAGGACUUUUGUCAUAAGCAAACUGGUGAGAAAAAAUAAAUAUAACGAUAAAACAACUUGCACAAUCCAACUUCUGAAUAACCUAACUUCAAUUUUCGAUUGUCUUAUCUAAAAUUAGAAUAGAAAGUACAAUUUCAGCCUAGCUAGAUAAUGCUAGUAGACCUAUGUAAAACAACAGCAUAUGUGAAUGUUUAUUUCUUGUCUCAUUGAUAUCAUAGGGUUGCAUCCCUGUUAAGUGGACGGCACCUGAGAUUCUUUACGGAAAUCCUGCAGAACUUUCCACCAAAAGUGACGUGUAUGUUUUAACACAAAAGAGUUAA